UCGCGUAUGCACCGUACGUUAUGAGGCGUGUGCUUCGUCGGUUGUGCGUAUCGUUCUCGUUGUGAAUUUGCGCUAAGCGUAUCUAAUAUUCAAACAAUUAGUCGCGAAUCGUCCUGCAUGGAAAAAAGUUGGAACCCAAACAUCUCGGUUGAAAAGGAUCACAUACUGGAAAAAAAAACGCAAGAAUGCUCCGUGAUGCUCUAUUGCUCAAAAUGCAAGAAUUUUGAGAAUGUGUUUAGCAAUCAAAUGUUGUGUUCUCAUUGCCAUCGUGUCCACUCAUUCCGCACGGAAGUAAUCCGAUCUUGAACCUUGAUGGAGUGUUUCACAUUGCCCACUACCGAUGAAGUUGUUCGCAGUGGGAAGAAGUGAUUAUCUGUGUCUUCUGGCUGCCACUAAGUAUUCCAACCAAUGAAUGUAGUUGGAAUUAUCGGCUUUGUCUCCCAGGGAAAAAGGAAGUAGGGGAAAAAGUAUCGAUUGCUUCCUGGUUCAAGACAGUAUCAACAAAGUGGUGUAGUGGAUAAAAAGGAAAAAAGUGCUCUCAACAUUGUGACGAAAAUCAAUAUUCGACGAAAAGAUGUCAGUGAUGGUGGAGGCAUCUCCGGUAGUCAUAGUGAUGAGCUCGCGUGAUAUUUUAUCAGACUCGACAAGCCCAAACAGACAGCACCUUUCUGAGGCACAUAUCGAGCUGGAUGAUAGCCGGUUUGAUAACAAUCUCAAUCCAAACAUUGACAUUGACCUAUCCAGAUCGCCGUCAGUUGGGGAGACGUUUGUUUCAGCGGCUACCAACGGACCACUGUCGUCCUCCGAUAGUUCCGACACGGACAGUUCUGACGAUGAAGUGGAUCAGCUUGGAGGAAAACCGUUGCGCUCAUCGUCGCUGAAUAGUCAUCACAAUUCCGCAACAGCGUUCGAUCAGGUUUCGUCGUUAUCGCUGGAAAAACGUCCGCUAUCACCGGGCGAAGGACCAUCAGGUUCUACGUCCAUCUCGAUGUCUAUUGGAUCUAUGGGUGAUGAUUCGGGCGAGAGAAGUAACAGCGAGCCUUGUAUAGUGGUCACAGUCGUUCCUGAAAGGAAAGGAAUAUUCCUAAAACACUCAGAGUAUGAGGUCAAAACAAGAGCCUAUGAUACAAUCGUGCGGAGACGCUACCGAGACUUCAUCGCACUGUUCAAUUACCUGAUAGAAAAGUACCCAUAUCGGAUGAUCCCCGAUCUCCCACCGAAACAACUGAUGCUGGACACCCAGCUCGAAGAGCGUCGUCGGGGACUCCAGACAUGGCUCACGAUCAUCUCGAUGCACCCCGUGUUGGGUACAUCCCCGAUCCUGAUCACAUUCCUGAGUGACAAAACCCAGGACUAUCAGUACCGGAUGCGUGUCAUGUACGAAAAGCAGGUGGACGAGUUUAGUCGCCUACGGGAUGAUGUCGAUCUCCCACUGGAGGAUCAGGAGAAGCUCGCUGCCAGCCGGGAUAGGCUGCGGAAAAUACUCCACUCACUGCAGCGAUUGCGCAAAAUCUUCGACGAGCAGGCGUACCGUAUCGAACAGCAGGCACGUGACAUGGCCGAGGUGGAUCUGAUACUGCAGAAUCUGGAUGUGCGCCAAGUGUACGGGGAGAAGACGUUCGACGGAAUGUCACACAGCGUCCAAACGGUGGCGGAGCAGUCCGAACGGUACGUCCAGCUGCAGCGCAAUGCCGUCAACGAGCGGAUCCACGUACUAAUGGACGUGCUUGCGGCGCAUAACGAACUUUGCGAUCGAGUGGAAAAAGGAGUCUUUGCCGAGUAUCAGAGAGCUCUCUCGAAGUCUAUCAACAUCAGCAGAAUGAAGAUGAAAAGUGUCAUCAGAGGAACCGCGGCUGACAACAUGUCCACGUUGGCACAGCGCGAGACGGUUCAGUGCGGAGAGGCGAAUACGCUCGGUCGGAAGUGUGCCUUCGGGCUGCAGUGCGUUCGCAGUGAGACAAUCCUCGCCGAGAAGUACCUUCUGUCGCUGCCUUCGAUUCUGCUGUCGUACGCCCGCGAGGAGUCCCAGUACCAUAGUAAGGUAACCGACAUAGAAUAUAUUCGUAGCAAUCGUUGGAAAUGCUUCAUAAAUUUCUCUUUCGCUGCAGAUGUCGAAGAUUUGGCAUCAGUUAGUAGCUAAUGAAUCUUCCAAAAAUAAUGCCAACGUCUGAUUUUUUUUAAUUGUUUUUUUUUUUUUAUCUCGAACGACUAGUUUAGGUUAGGUUAGGGUAAUGCAAUUGGUCGACAGGAAAGAGUAAGUUAGGGGUGCCUAAAACUAGGAGUUUAAUAGUGAUAAUUAUCAGCAGCGUUUUUUGGUCAGGAGAAAUAUAAUCGAUAGCACAAACUCUGCGCAGAACUGCAAAUUAUCUCGAUCAAAUCUAGCAUAAGUCCAUUUUCAAAUUAUUAUUGUUUUACAUCUUCUAUUAUUCCAUUCGACUGCGCAAGUUUUAUACACAAUUGGUCUGGCAAUGCAGCAAUCAAGGUGAUCGUUUUGAUUAACAUUACUUAUUCACAUUCGAAAUACACAACAAAGCACAUUUCCAACUAUAUUAUAAUAAAAUAUCAUAUUUUUUAUAUCCA